CACUAUAUAUUGAAACACUUUACUACCGAUUACUACUUACUAGCACAGAAUAAAUUUUAGAUUUACUAUAAAAUCCGUCAAUGGGUGCGGCCUUUUCUUCGUUGAUUUCGGGACUGACGUCCCCCCCUUCAUCUGACUUGGAAUCGGAAACCUCAGAGUCAUGGAUGUCCUUCGACUCCGAGCUGUGUGCGGAUGAGUCAUUCUCCAGUCCAGAGUCCGUAUACUAUUCUCCAGUGGUUUCCUGCACCUUCGAUUCUUCAAAUCUCCGCCAAGAUGAACCUGUAGAUUCCGAACAGACCAACCGUGGAUUUGCUACUGAUUCUCCGGAUUUGGUCAAAGCAACUCCCAAUGACUGCCAGGUACUCCUUUAUCCAGUUCCAGAAUUUAAAGCAUCCUCCGCCGAUUCAUUGGACAUGGACAUUGGACAUAUUGCAAGACUAAGGGAGAGCGCCAGCUCCCAAAAAUGUUCCAGUUCCAGUAGUUAUUCUAUCGGAGAUCUUCUGCUCUCUUCUCCAGCUUCGUUUGGAGAAUCUACGGAUUCUUGUGGCGAAUUUUGCAGCGAAACUACCCAACCGACUUGGUUCCUUUCCACGACAUCGUCCGGGGAGUAUUUAAACAGCGAUUACGAAAGAUUGCAGUUUCCAGAUAGUUCCCGCAGUUAUGUUAUUGGAGAUACUUUCUUGAAUACCCCAAAUUCGUUUUCUAGCAGUUCCAGCACUGAAUUCUUUCCAGCUUCGAGUGAAAGUGUUUACAGUGACUCCUCGCUUUCCAUACCAACCAUAGACCUGUCCUCCUUGGAAUCGGAGAAUACGGAGUCGGAAAUGCCUCGGGUCUUGGGAACUCCACGGACCAGGACAGUGCGUCUGGAUGCUCCGCCGGAAUCCUUCGAACCGGGUGCCAGAUCACCGGCUUUAACCUUCUCCCACGGCUUCAACUUGGCGCUGAUCAAACUGUAUUCGGAAUACGAGUUCCUGUGGAACCUAAGGCACUAUCUGUUUUUCGAUACCCGUGGCAAAGUGGAGGCUUGGUUCAGUAUUUCCCAGAAACUGGAGCAGAUGGGAUUGGGCAGUGUUUCCCCGUCAUUCUGCCGUCGCAGGAUCACGGAGCUGCGUCACUGGGAAAGUGCCGACCGGCUGAAAGCCAUUCGGGGUUCUCAGAUAAUCAUAUCCGAAGAGGUUUCUCAAAUCCGCGAUGUCAGCUAUCCUGGUUUGCCGAAAUUACGACAGGAUCGCGCGAAUAAAUUUGUGCCGAAGGGGAGUUAUGCCGAAGCCUUCAAAUUCCUUGACAAGAUUUUUGACUAGCAACUGAUACAACGGCUUCAGUAAUAUCAAGUUCUCGUUUUGUUAAGAAAUUACCAAAGGGUGGAAUAAUUACUUCACGUUGCAGGGAUUACGUGUUAUGGUUUAUCAUUGGCU